AGCACACUUUUCACGCAUCUUUUCUGAUUUCUACGCCUAGCUGUCUUCUUACAUCCCCCGUUUACGUCGGGCUGGCUUUUUAAACGAGUUCCGCAUUCCCAAACCCUCCCAGAAAAUUAUCGCUAUAUAAACGGGCUGAUGCAACGAUUUCCACUUUUUAAAAUCUAUACCCGACCAUCGACUGAGCUGAAGAAGGAAUAUCAAUCGGAUUUAGGACCAAAGUCGGCCGGGUCUGACAUGAUGCCGGGACAGAUCCCAGAUCCCUCGCUGCCGGCCGGUGCCCUGCCCAGCCUCGGCUCGCUGGCCGGCAUCCCUGCCACCACGCUGACAGACCAGCUGAAGUUCGCCGACCUCCGCAGCCUGGGGGCCAUGCUAUCGCCGCUGCACUUCCUGGGCAGGCUGGGGAAGAGGCCAGCGCCAAUAAAGGCGGAGAUGGAUGAGGAAGAGGAGCGGAGGAAACGAAGGCGGGAGAAGAACAAGGUGGCAGCAGCCCGAUGUCGAAACAAAAAGAAAGAGCGGACGGAGUUUCUGCAAAGGGAGUCGGAGCGGCUGGAGGUGAUGAACUCGGAACUGAAGGCCCAGAUCGAGGAGCUGAAACACGAAAGGCAGCAGCUCAUCGUCAUGCUGAACCGACACCGGCCCACCUGCAUCGUGAGGACGGACAGCGUCAAGACCCCCGAGAGCGAGGCCAACCCCCUGCUGGAACAGCUGGGUGUGGAGUGAAGGCGGGGCAGGAGGAGAAGGUCGCUUAGCAACUGUUGCCAUGGUGACUGUUUACAACGCAGCUAAUAGCCAGCAGCACUUAGCUCUGCUCUCUAGGCCUAUGAGGGUGGAGAGAGGGCAUACCAACUAAUGGCUUUGGGAUGGUGAACUUCUUUAAAGUGCGAAGAGAUUGGGAGCUGGAAGCCAUUAGCCAUUUAUAUCUGUCGUCCCUGUCCAGUGCGUCAGGGCUCCUGUCAACAUCACUACAAACUAACAAACGCAAUGAAAAACUACAGUUGGUUGAUGUUGAAGAAACACUCUAAAUCAGUAUGGUAGAUCUGUCUCAGGUACUCAGACAGAGAGAGUAUGUUGUACUUGUUCUACUUGCCAAUGCAUCUUUGAUGGAAUAAGCAGUUUAAGUAUUUUAUGCUGAAUUAUAUUCUGCCCUUGACGAUGGCAGUGUCCGGUUGACCCGGUUCUGUGGUGACGCAGGCGUCAUAAAAGCACAUUUAUAUGACAUGUUUACAGUUGUCCUGUUUCUGUCAUUGUUGGUUUCAGUUCACUUUGUAUUUUUUUAUACUGCCACAUUAUGUUAUAGAAAAUAUAUAUUGUAUGUUAUCACUAGAUGUGAUGCGUUUUAUAGUUCUGUUACAAAUGGAUAUAACCUUUUUUAAACUCUGAAUCGAUGUCUUUGUUAAACUUUUCCAACAUGUAUGUCUUUGUUACUCUGUUGCAUAUUAUUAAAUCUUAUUUUCAAAUAGUAAAACCAUUUUAAUAGUAAUUUCUUCUGUGUAUAGUUCUCUGUUGAAAACGGAAUAGACCACUUGGGACACGUCAUGCUCAGACGCUGGGGAUAACGUAGUUGUACGUCUUUGGGGAAUCUAGAGUUUAGGGCGAGUCACAGAUUAACUGUCGUUUUCUCACUCCGCCACUAGAGGGCGGGUGCUGCAGCCAUGUGACGUCAUAACAUCUGAGUUGAACUGCUGCAGGAAGCGCGCUAUUUUCGCCGGGCGCGGUGGCGUGCGCCUGUAAUCCAAGCUACUGGGAGGCUGAGGCUGGCGAACCGCUUGAGCUCAGGGGUUCUGGGCUGCUGUGGACUAUGUCGAUCGGGUGUCCGCACUAAGUUCGGUAUCGAUAUGGUGCGCCUGGGGGAGCCCGGGACCACCAGGUCGUCUAAGGAGGGGUGAACCGGCCCAGGUCGGAAACGGAGCAGGUCAAAGCCCCCGUGCCGCUCAGUAGUGGGAUCGCGCCCGUGAA